AAAAGGUAGUAGUACUCUUCUUCCUAACAAAAUAAACAUAUAUAUAUAUAUACAUACCAUAUCUAGAUUCAAUAUAUUCAUAUCAUACAUAUGCUCUGAGUCUGAGUAUAGUACUAUUUGAUCAUAAAUCAUGGAUAUUCAGUCAUAUUGUGAUGAAGGUCUGAGAUUGAGGCCUCUUAAAACAAAAUUUAAUAUGGAUCAUCAUGAAGAUGAUCAAAUCAUGAAGAUGAAGGGAGAAGGAGGUGAUGAUCAUGAUCAUGAUCAAGAUCAAGAUCAAGAUCAGCCAUUGAGUCCAGCAGGUCAACUGUUCCAUGAACCAAACUUUAAUGUUCAUAUUUUAGCAAUGAUGGGCUGCAAAACCAAGAUUGACAUUGGUGUUGUUAAAGCCAAUUUGCCCCACACUUUGCUCAAACACCCUCGCUUCUGUAGUUUGCCUGUUAAGGAUGAGAAACUUAAGGGUGGUGAAAUGAAAUGGGUGAGAACAGAAGUUGAUUUGGAGAAGCACGUGAUAAGUCCUGAAGAAGUUGAUUUAUCAUCAAUUAGCCCAGAUAAGUAUGUGGAAGAUUACAUUCAUAACCUCACAAAAAGCAGUGUUGACAAAUCAAGGCCUCUAUGGGAUCUCCACAUUCUGAAUGUGAAGACCACAGAGGCAGAGGCUGUAGGAAUUUUCAGAGUUCAUCACUCAAUUGGAGAUGGUAUAUCUCUCAUGUCUCUCUUACUAGCUUGUACACGCCAAAUCUCAGAUCCCGAGGCUUUGCCAACUCUUCCCACAGCUAAAAAUAAUAAUAAUAAUAAUGCAGUUCAUCAUCACUAUAAGAGCUUUGGGUUUUUCACUGCAAAGUACUUAAUGAGCUUAGUACUUAGGGUUUGGUGGGUGUUGAAUUUGUUUUGGAAUACGUUUUGGGAUGUUUUGAAGUUUAUGGGGACAGCUUUGUUGUUGAUUAAAGAUAGCAAGACUCCUAUAAAAGGUCCACCUGGGAGUCAGAAUAAUCCUCGUCGAAUUGUCUACAAAAUUGUUAGUUUGGAUGAUAUGAAAUUGAUCAAGAAUGCAAUGAACACGACCAUAAAUGAUGUUGCCUUGGGAGCCACCCAAGCUGGUUUAUCAAAAUAUCUCAAUAGAAGAUAUGGUAUAUUGAAUAAGAAUGAUGUGGGGGAAACCGAGAAGAAAAACAAUCUUCCAAAGAAAAUUCGGUUAAGAUCAAUUUUAUUCAUCAACAUUAGACCAUCCCCAGGAAUUCAGGCAUUAGCAGAUAUGAUGGAGAAAAACACAAAAGCAAAAUGGGGAAAUUCAUUUGCAUAUGUUCUCCUUCCCUUCACUAUAGGUUUAAGGGAUGACCCAUUAGACUAUGUUCGAGAAGCCAAAUCAACCAUUGAUCGAAAGAAGCAUUCUCUUGAAGCUUAUUUUACUUUCUCUAUCAUUGGAUUAGUUUUCAAGUUUUUUGGCAUCAUGUCAGCUAGUGCCCUUUUCGAAAGACUAUUCAGUAGCACAACCAUGGCCUUUUCGAACGUAGUCGGACCACUUGAGGAAAUUGGUUUCUAUGGUCAUCCAAUGGCUUACCUGGCUGCAAAUUCUUACGGCCAAGCAAAUGAGUUGGUUGUGUGCAUUCAAAGUUACGUGAACAAGAUGAGUGUAAGUGUAGCAGUGGAUGAAAACACCAUUCCUGAUCCACAUCAGCUAUGCGAUGACAUUGCUCAAUCACUUACACUUAUUAAGGAUAUUGUCAAACAAAAUUAAACCCACUUAUCUAAUUAAUUAUAUUUAUAUAUAAACUCUUCUUAUAAAUUUAUUAUUCUAGUCCUUCAAAUCCUUGUUAUAAUUAAAUAUUAACCAUCUGAAUGAAGACUCUUAUUAAUUUUCAUGAUUAUUAUUAUUUCUUAUUAAACUUAAUAAAUAAAGAAGAAGAUUCGUCUUGCAUCUUAA